AUGGUUGUUUCUAUUGACUCUGAUGAGGCUACUAACUAUAACAACCACAACGGACGUGCAACUAAUCUGUUAAGAAGUAUUCAAAGGGCAGCAUUAAAUAAUGUGACAAAUACUGCUCUUUCUCAAGAGAUGAAUCUGAAUAAUAGUAAUAUCAGUAACAACAAUAAUGCACUCACAAGCUUCAAAGAAGCACUUCCUGGUGGGAGAAGAGAUGCUUCAAAAAUUCCUCAAUUGAAAAAGCGUACAUAUCCUGAACCUGCUGACAUUCAUGUUCUAGAAAGAACUGCAUCUACGUACACUUCAAAUAGCAUCAAAUCUUCGCCAAACAGCCAAAGUGUAACUGAUUCAAGAAAUAGUAAUAAUUACCAAAAUUUUGAAGAUAAAGAAAAUAUCGAUCCAUAUUACUCUGCAUCGUGCACUAUAACGGCGUCUUCAGAUGCAUUGUCAUCCAUAAAAGAGGAAAACGAGAUUGAAAAUAAUAAAGAAUUAAUGGACGAAACAAAUUUUCAACCAACUCAAGAAGAUAUUUUUACAAGAGAGAAUGAAACUGUGGCAGGUCAAAACAUCAAUUCCAAUUAUAACAUUAUAACAGAGGAAGAUGAUAUUAAUAAGAAAAGACCAAUUUCACAAAUUGCAGAAUAUAAUAUCCCAAAAAAGUUUAAAGUAUGCAACGAAAACGGUGAAGAGGAGUAUGUGUGGGAAGAUUUAGAUGCAGAAGAUUAUAAUGACCCUUUUAUGGUCAACGAGUACGUUAAUGAUAUUUUCGAUUAUUUGUAUCAUUUAGAAGUUAUUACAUUGCCUAAGAAAGAAGAUUUUUAUCAACAUAAAAAUAUUCAUCAAAAUAGAGACAUUCUUGUCAAUUGGCUGGUCAAAAUUCAUAACAAGUUUGGACUACUUCCAGAAUCAUUAUUCUUAGCAAUAAAUUUAAUGGACAGAUUUUUAUGUAAAGAGUUAGUUCAAUUGGACAAACUUCAAUUAGUUGGUACUUCGUGUUUGUUUAUUGCUUCAAAGUAUGAAGAAGUUUAUUCUCCAAGUAUAAAAAACUUUGCAUCCGAAACAGAUGGUGCUUGCACUGAAGAAGAAAUAAAAGAAGGUGAAAAGUUUAUAUUAAAAACGUUGAGUUUUAAUCUAAACUAUCCUAAUCCAAUGAAUUUUCUAAGAAGAAUUUCUAAGGCAGCUGACUACGAUAUACAGUCACGUACUUUAGCCAAGUUUCUACUAGAAAUAUCAAUAGUAGAUUUUAGAUUUAUUGGGAUUUUACCUUCUUUAUGUUCUGCAGCGGCUAUGUUUUUAGCAAGAAAAAUGCUUGGUAAAGGUGAAUGGGAUGGUAACCUAAUUCAUUACAGUGGUGGUUAUGUUAAAAGUCAAAUAGCGCCUGUAUGUAAAAUGAUGAUGGAUUAUCUAGUAUCACCGAUAGUACAUGAUGAAUUUCAUAGAAAAUAUCAAUCUAGGAGAUUUAUGAAAGCCUCGAUUAUUUCAGUACAAUGGGCUUUGAAAGUUAGAAAGAACGGUUAUGACGUAAUGACAUUGCAUGAAUAA